AGCAAUGGGUGUGGAUACACCCUGAACUGGUUGCCAACCAAUCCCAGGGCACAUAGAGACAGACAACAGUCGCACUCACCAUCACACCUAGGGGCAAUUUAGAGUGUCAAAAUAAUAUUCCAUGUUUUUAGGAUGUGGGCGGAACCCAGAAUGCCUGGAGAAAACCCCCGCAGGGUCGGGGGCAACAUACAAACUCCACACAGAUGGGGCUGGGAUUUGAAUCCUCGUCCCCAGAAUUAUGAAGCCAACGCUCUAACCAGGUGCUCCAUUGUGCUCAUAUACUCUCAUCCCACUAUCAGGCUGAAAUUGCAUACAAGGUUGUUGUAAUAAAAACAUUGAAAUGACAGAAGUUAAAAUAAGUUAUUAAUGAUUACAAUUCUGCCUGCCCCACUUUAAUGCUCUUGACAAUAUUAUGAAACUACAGAAAUUCACAAAUUUUGAAAGACUUCUGCAAGUGGAUUUUUAUAGGUUGUCGGCAAUGCGUUAGUCUGUUUAUCUCCAGGCUGGGCUGGGAAUGUCCGGGAUCCCCCACAGGAUAGCUGGACGAGGUGGCUGGGGGAAAGGUAAAUCUUCAGAUGCUCCUGCUACAACUGGACCUUGGACAAGCAGAGAAAAAUGGAUGAACACCUGAUGCUCUCACAGAACACGAGUGUGCCACAGCACACUUAUUGAGAAUCACUAGUCUAAGAUACUCGUUCCAAAUUAAAAUUAUGACAAUUUCUACAACUCAGUUUUUUAUUUUGAAAUUUUGCAAUUGAAGUCUUUCGAAAAUGUUGUUCCUCUUGUUGCUAAAUGUGGUCAGCAGAAAAUUGGAGGUUUUUAUACUACAAUCACAAAAAUAACCCCGUCUUUAACUCAAUAGCAUAAUUACCCCCGUGGUUUUAAAUUUACAGUCACGUUAUCAAUUCAAAAAUGCCAAUAUGCUUGGUAGAAAUGUUUUUUUUAAGUUCAUCUCUCAUCUUGUUUUUUUGAACUUUCUUUUUCUGUUUUCUGAAAAUAUUUCAAAGCGAAUUUCAGAACCAUCCUAUCAUGAUAUCGCUAUUGUUAAAUUAAUACGCCACUGACCGUCUGUGCCAAUAAAAAGAAAGUAUAUUGUCUUUACAAUGCUUAUAUUAAGCAGAUGAGUUGCCCUGAUUCUUGCCCUUCAAGUGUCGGGGCCCCCUUCCCUUACCUGAUAAAAAGCAUUUAUGUUAUUUUCACUCGCAUGUACACAGACACACAAAUUGAAUGCAUGGACAUGUUUGGAGAGGGGCGGCAGGCAACGGCAAACAGGCUAUGAGCCUUGGUUAAUGUGUAACACUCAAAGCACACUUGCACUUUGGUUCCCCAAAUAAGAAAAUUUAGACUUAAUGUUACUGAAGAUGGAUGGUUUUGUACCCCACCAUUCCCAGACCCAAAUAUCGGUCGCAUACAAGCUGAAGAUGGGCUUUGUUUUCUUGCUCAUGUGCCUCAUCGCUCCGGUGCAGCAAUCGCCGCUUCCCUACACCAGCGUUUUGAAUCUGUCGUUCAAAAAUGUAGAGUUUGCUAUGGACCUUUACCGCAAAAUAUCCACUUACCAUGACGAGAACAUCAUUUUCUCGCCUCUAAGCAUUUCCACCAGUUUUGCCGCCCUUUCUAUGGCCUCUGACGGUGCCACGUACAAGGAGAUAAUGAAAGGACUCAACCUGGAGACUUUGGAGCAAGCCGACCAGCCGGAUCUUAUUCCAAACUUGUUCCAGAUGCUCCAUGGGAACAUCUCGCAUAAUGGAGCCACUAAACUGGACCAAGCCAUGUCCCUCUUUGUUCGCCAGCACUUUAGCAUUGAGAAGACAUUUGAGGAACAGAUGAAGUCCUAUUUUUAUGCAGACAUCAACAGUGUAAACUUUGAAGACACAAAUGCAAGCAUCAGUCUCAUUAAUCAGUACAUAAAAGACAAGACAAGGGGAAAAGUGGAAAAAAUGCUCUCCGGCCUUGACCCAACGACCGAGCUCAUGAUGAUCAACACUUUCUAUUUCCAAGGUGGGUGGAAGAUGCCUUUCAACCGCAACUACACCUACAACGCACCCUUCUACGUUGACAACUACAAUAUCCGGCAAGUACCAAUGAUGUUUAAAGAGGACAAGUUUGAAACGAUGGAAGACACCCGUCUUGGGGCCCGUGUGCUGAAACUGCCCUACCUGGAGGGUGUGUCCAUGCUCAUCUUGCUGCCCAACAAAGGAGUGGACUACAAUACUAUCGAUGAUGAGAUCAAUGCAAAGAGGAUGCAUGGUUGGAUCAAAAAACUGCAGAAGACUAAACUGGAGAUCACCAUCCCCAAAUUCAAGAUGGAGAAGUCAUACUCUUUGCACGACAUUCUCCCAGAGUUGGGUUUCACCAGUCUCUUCAGCGGGUCAGCCAAUCUGACGAGGCUUAGCAAAGACAAAGGCCUUAAAGUUUCAGAGGUGCUACACAAAGCUGUCAUUGAUGUGGAUGAAGUGGGGACGACCGCAGCGGCUGCCACAACGAUUGGCAUUGUUCCCUACUCCUUACCGCGGACCUUCAUUGUCAACCGCCCGUUUUUCUUCUUUAUUUACCAUGAGGAGACAAAAUCCCUGUUGUUUAUGGGCAGAGUGAUUGACCCCACCAAAAACUAGCAGCUGUAACUCGCUGGGAUUUGUCUUGACAUGUGUUGGCAUUAGUUUAUUCAGGCUUAGCUUCUUUAAACCUCAGACUUACUUUGAAAUUCUUCUGAGGGUCUAUUAUGGGAAAGACUACCCAACCU